AAGCGAAUUAGCAGGGUUGCCACCUUCAUCGCCUGGCUUGAUUCCCUUCCCAUCCAGCGAACUCAUUCAUCCCGACUUCGGCAAACGUCGGCCGCCCUGCCCUCCACUGUGAUGCCCAUCGCCCUCCCUACUGUCGAACCACCGCCCAGGCGUCCCCUUAAUUGAUCCCCCUGCAUUGCAUUCAUCGGAGAGCGAUAAAGUAAGUCGCGAAGUCGUGAUGGCAGCGAGCGCCAAGGCGGCCCAGGGCCGUGGGUUCGAGGUGGGUGGUCUGUGUCUGGCCAACGGCAAGCCGGCCAUCCUGCGAUUCAAGGGCGAGGCGCGAUUCGGGGCGGGUGCGCGGAAUACAUACAGAGGAAAUGCAACCAAGCAUUCAUCUGCCAUUCAUCGUGUCAGUCAGGGCACUCACUCUCUCUGUGUGUGUGUGCUGCCUGCGGUAUUCAGGUGUUUGGUAUGGUGUUGAGUUCAUCGAUAAGGCCCUCGGCAAGAACGAUGGGGCCGUGCAGGUAGGUGAGGGAGGAGGUGGGGGAAAGCAGAGAGAGGAAGAGAUAGAUUGCUGCCUGGCCGCGAUGUGCGUCAUCAUCCUGCACAGGGAUUCCGGUAUUUUUCUUGCCCUCCCAACCACGGCCUCUUUGUGCGCGAGAGCGCACUCAAGCCUUACUCAGGCACACACACACGCGCCCCAACAGAGAGAGAUGCACUCCAUCACUCGACCCUCUCUCUCUCUCUCUCUCUGUCCAGACCAGGAGAAAGCUGCCGUGGCCAUCCAGAGCCUCGCUCGUGGCUCCAAGGCCCGCAAGAAGGCCAAGCAGGACAUGGCCCUCCACGCAUGGACGCAACUCGAAAACAACGAGGAGAGCGAGUUCCACGUCAACAACCGAGACGUCGCCUCGCAGGUCACACGGGAGAUACGGCGGAAGUAUGGGGCGGGUGAGGAGCCCAAGGCGCUGCUCCAGACGGCCACGCAACGGCGGCUGAGCAGGAGUGUCUAUGGCACCACCCCGAGGGCCAGCAUCUCGGAGGCGGCACUGAUGGCCGAGCAGAUCCCUGACAGCUACACGGUCGGUCGGAGGGUGUGUGGGUGUGCUGGCGGGAGAGAAGGGCAGAGGUCUGUCGUGGUGUGUGUGUGUGUGUGUGUAUGGGUGUGUGUAGGGUCCCCGUAUUGACUGGCCGAUAACAUGGGACAUGUGCCAUCGGAUGGUGCGGCACUACAUUGAGAGUCCCGACGUGAUUCUGCACAGGUAGGUACCCACCACACCCCUCCCCCCCUCCCACCCUUUGUGUGUCGACACCAUGACAUGUGUGCAGACGGUAUGCGUGGGAGCUGCUGUGCGGCUUCGAAGACCAGCUCGAGGACACCGUGCCCAACGCCGUGCGGCACUUCACCAUCCCCAAGGAGAGCGGCGCGAGGUUGCUCCUGUGUGGGGAUGUGCACGGGCAGCUGGCCGACGUGCUCUUCCUGUUCUACAAAUUCGGAUACCCCUCACCCAACAAUGUGUACGCAGAGGGACAGGGAGAGGCGUGGAUGGAUGGAUGGUGUGUGUGUGUUGGGUGUCAGGUAUUUGUUCAACGGCGACCUGUGUGACCGCGGGAUGUACGCCACGGAGAUCCUGCUGCUCAUCUGUGCCUUCAACCUCUUGCACCCGGGAUGUGUCCUCGUCAACAGAGGUAGGUAACACACACCACCACACACCACCACAUGCGCACAUACAAGGUUGCAAGGCAUGUGUGUUGUGUUGUUCGUUUCUUUGCAGGCAACCACGAGAGCACCGACAUGAACGAGGUCUAUGGCUUCGCUCUGGAGGUGCGGCAGAAGUACGGCGGGCUGAUCUUCCAGAAGUUCCAGGACAUAUUCCACCUCCUCCCUCUCUGCACCAUCAUCGAUGGUCAGCCAGUCGAGUGAGGAAGGACCCCUCAUCCCUUCAGCGUCUUUUGUGCAUCACUGCCUGCCUCCGUGUGUGUGUGUGUGUGUGUGUGUCAGAUCGGAUCUUCUGCGUGCACGCCGGCCUCUGUCGGCGCGACGGCAUCUCCCUCUUGCACCUCAACGCCGUGGACCGGUACCGCCCCUGCCCCGACAACCCGGUGUCCUUCCAGGACACGGUCAUGUUCGACCUGCUGUGGUCGGACCCCCAGCCCCACUACGGCAUCGGGCGGUCCACACGGGGGCCCGACUGCAUCGUGUAUGGGCCGGAUAUUACUGACCGGUUUCUGGCGAGGAACAAAUUGGAGGUCUGCAUCCGCUCUCAUGAGGUGAGGUGAGGUGGGUGCUCGGGGGGGAUGGGUGGGUGGGUGGGUGGCUCUCUCUCUUUCUUUCUGAAUGUGCGGUUUGGUUGUGCCAUUGUGUGUGUGUGUGUGUGUUUGUGUGGUUGUGCAGGUGCCAUCUACGGGCAGGGGGUUUGAGGUGCAGCACCAGGGCAAGUGCGUGACGGUCUUCUCGGCAUCAAACUACUGCGGCGCAUCCAACAACUAUGGCGGAGUGGUAAUAUAUGUAAUCAGCCCCACCUUACCACCUUCUAUGCGUGUGUGUGUAUGUGGGUGCGUGUGUGUCGGCGUGCAGAUCCUCUUUCAGUCCGACCUCUCCUUUGAGAUUCAGGAGUACUGGGCGCCCACCAUCGACCAGCUCAGAGAAAUCGUCAAGGAGUCCGACCAGGUCAGCCUCCACACCCACACACACACUCAUGCCGUGGCGCCUAUCUGUGUGUGUGUGUGUGUGUGUGGUGGUGGUGUGCAGGUGUCAGGGAAAGUGUAUGACAUGGCCACGAGGCUGAAGAGAGCCGAGAAGAGACGAUCGACGUUCAUACUCGAAGUGAGUGCGUGAGUGCUCAGUUCGUUGCGCGACCUCUGGUCCCUCUCCCUCGCUCCCUCUCGCUCCCUCUCUCUCUCUCUCUGUGUGUGUGUGUGUGUGUGUGUGAUAGAAUGCUGCCGAGAGGAUGGCCGGCGACGUGAUCGAGAAGCUCAAGAAACUCAUAUGCGAGAAGAAACAGGUGCAGACACACACACGCAUACGCUGGCUUACCGACACACGCGCCUGUGCAGGAUUUGUGGUGGUGGUUCUGGUCGGUGGAUGAGAACAAGGAGGGCAAGAUAACUGCAAACCUAUGGAGGUGCUGCACAGCCCACCGAUAGAUAGAUGGACACACACACGCUCAGGUGCUGCCAUUGCCCCCCUCCUGGUGCCUUCUGCUGCUCGUGACAGAGAGGCGUGCAACGACGUGCUGGGCGACAGCCUGCCGUGGGUCUUCCUGCAGAAAGAACUCAAUGUACCGCGACCACACACACCAAACCCUCCCCCUCCCCCUCCCCCACACCACACACAGCCGCACUCACAAGACGACGCAGUGCAGCCGUGAGUGUGUGUGUGUUUUGGUGUCAUUGAUUGUCAGGUGGUGGAUAGUGAUGGUAUGGUCGACUACGAGAGGUUCCUGCGUCGGUUCCGUGUUGAGUUUAAGGGCGACAGACUCAGAUCGGAGAAGUGGAAAAGGGACACCGUUCAACAGGUAUGUGCACACGCGUGCACCCCAACCCCCCUCCACUCUCUCACACACACACACACGAGGGAGCCAUCCAUUCCAUGAGUGUCCGUCACGUGUGUGUCAUGUUAUGCAGAUCUUUGAGGCGAUCUUGAUGUGUGAUUUAAGCCUUCGGGAGACCCUCCUCCUCUUCGACAGAAACUCAGAUGGAACCGUAAGUGAAGUAAAGUAACCCUUCCUUCCACACCUCUCCCCGCACACCACAUGCACGCACGCCCGCACCUGUCCGUCGGCCCACGGAUAUAUAUCACUCACGACAGGUGUCAUUUCGCGAGUUCCGUGAGUUCAUCAGCACCUUUUGCCCGGGCCUGACUGAGCCUCAGGUGAUGGCUUUGAUGCGCACCAUCACCGCUGACCACCUCGCCAAGGGAGACGCCUCCGGACGGGUGCACGUCGCUGCGUUCCUCGCACGGUAGCUGGUCGAUCGAUGGGAGGGAGGGUGUGGGGGGCUGUCUGUGUGUCUGUGUGGGGGCCGAGUCAAGCAGACAGACAGACGAGAAAAUGGCUGUGUUGUUAUGUGCAGGUUUGAGGUGACCUACAACGCAAGCAUAGCCAAGAAGUGAGCAGCCAACCACCGGCAUGUGACACCCCACGCCCAGCAGAGCAGAUGGCCCCCUGCUGUUGCCGCUGUUGUCUGUCUGUGUGGUGUGGGUGGGUUUGUUAGGUACACGGAGCCGUGGAUAGAGAAGGCGCUCAAGUCGAUCGGCCGUCUGAUCCGCACCGAGAGCCCCGACGACAGCCUCAAAAGGCUGGGCAUCACUGGCAGCCCAGACAUGUCACCUGCCAGCAGCAAAGGGGGAGGGGGACUCCUGGCGCCGCCCAAGGAUCCACUCGAGCACAUAAGACGCCGGUCCUCCUUGAUGCGGGCCUUCACACUCAUGGACAAAUUCCAGGUGGGCAGGGAGGGAGGGAGGGGCUGAGGGGCUGGUUGCGACAGGGCUGGGCUGUAUCUCUCUCUCUGUCCGUCCGUCUGUCUGUCCGUCCGUCUGUCUGUCUGUCUGUGUGUGCAGCAAAGUGACAAGAAGGGCGAAGGUGGGCACAAGAAGAUGCGAUCGCAUGUGUGUGUGCGUGUCUGUCUGUAUCUGUGUGUCCACACACACAUAAGGUUUCCUGUCGUACGAUGACUUCAUCGUGGCGCUGCGUGGGCUGCCCCUGAAGGAUUGCAAAAAGGACGUCGGCUUCGAGCUCACCGACCAGCACCUCAGAAAGGCACGCCUCAUACAUCCAGACACACACACACACACACACACACGUGUGAAGAGGCGUACAGUGGUGUGUGUGACCUUGUGAUGGCCAUGCAGCUGGCCGAGGUGAUAGAUGUGGUGGGCAACGGGCGCAUCAACUACCUCGAAUUUCUCAGAGCCUUCCAAGGUCACGUCACACACGCACGCACGAGAAAUGAUGGGUGGCAUGGUGGCCAUGGCCUUCAUCAUGUGCUGUCCGUGUGUGUAUGUGUGCCUGCCUGCAGUGGUGGAUCACAGCAAGCAGGCAGCACACCAGGCCGGCGACGAGGUCAGUCGAGUCGAGUCGAGUCGGCGCCACACCACACCAGACACAGAUACCAGCCAGCCAGCACAGAGAUCGAUGGAUCGAGUGCUUUGUGUCUGUCGGUCGGUCAGAUCUGGGAGCAGAUAUGCACCACCAUCUUCAAGCACGCGCCGACACUUCGGUACGGUGCACUCUCUGCACACAGACAGACAGACACACACACACACACAUGGCCACAAGACGGCCCUGGCGACCUCUCCGUGUGAACCACUCACUGUGGAUUGGAUCGGUCAGGCGUGCACUGCAGCAGUUUGACCCCGACUACACGGGAUAUGUCAAGACCAAAGACCUGCAGGCAACCACAGGGAGAGGGCGGAGGGCAGUGCAGUGGGUGGGAAUCAAUCGUGAGGGAGGCCUUUCUGUGCGUGUGUGCCUGGUCAGAAAGCGCUCGAGACGCUCAACAACGUCCUCUCACGAACAGAGUGAGUGACUUAGCUAGCGAGGCAGCCGGCCAUGUAGUCAGUCAGUCAAUCAAUGCGGUCAUUGCCUGCCGAAUCCCUCUUCGUGCGUGCGUGCCUGCGUGUGUGUCGUGUCUUCAGGGCCCCCCUGACAGACGAGCAGAUCAACCUCCUCGUUGAAACCCUCGAGAAAGACAGCGACGUAAGUAAUAUCACCACCAUCACCACCAGCACAGCACCACAGAGCCCCCAAUGUGUUGUGUGUAUGGUAUUGUGGUUUCUGUCUGUGGCAUCCAUCCAGACGCUGUGCUACGACGUCUUGCUGGACUCGUUUGUGGUGGUCGAUUGCGAGGCCCCCCAACAGCAGCAAGGGGGGCAGUCCCCCACAGCGACGCCCGGGAUCUCCGCCAGCAAACACCCAAAGGUCAACGUGGAACCUGAUACAGAUGUCGUCAUGGCCGACGUGGCGUGAUGUGAUUCCAUGCGAUGUGUAUCUGGUGUCCAUGCCAUGCCAUGCGUGUGGCAUGCGCAUUUACUUGUCACUCUCUCUCACUCUCUUCUGGCUGCCUGCCUGCCUGCCUGACGGACUGUGUGGGUGGAUGGGUGAGUGAGUGUUUCGAGUGGCGUUUUGGUGUACAGACAGAGAGUGCCGUGUGUAUCACUGGCUACUCCCUCCCUCCCUCCUUGCUGUGCUGCCUUUCUUUGGUGGUUGGGUGCGUGCAGGUGGCCAAGCCCGUGCGGCCCGCCGCAUCCCCAGCCACACAAGCCGCGAGAGGCCGAACAUAAACAACCAACCAACUGACUGGCUGAUACGAUCGACUGACUCCACUACCUGCAGGCAGACAGACAGACAUACAGAUAGUCACUCACGGGCACAUACACACACACAACACACUUCUUGUUUGGUCGGUUGGUUGGUUGGUUGGUUUGACUUUGUGCCCU